UUAUAUUUGUGUUGUCGAGCAUGCCACUUGGUCUUUAGGCUUUUGUUGAACUACUACAACUACAGCAAGUUCAAAAAUCAAAGAGGAAUACAAACAUAUUUCAUAUACAAAGCCCAACUAUAAAAGUGAGCUGCAGCUACUGUCACAACAUUUUAUUGAUAUACACAUAUUAAAGCAAAGCUAAUUUUUGUGCGAAAUUCGUGUGUUUAACUGUUGCGAAGCGCGUGUGAAAAGUUAAACAAUAAAAGAAAAUAUCAAAAACUUUAAUUGCAAUUUUGUUGUAUGAAAAACAAUUUCAUUGUUGUCGCUUACGCAAGGCCAACCAAACUUACAAUACAGCUGGCAAACCCCAAUUUGGAUUAUUAAUAGCGCCUAAUUAAUAUUUUGCGCCGUUAGCAAUCAGAUAUUCUGUAAAAGCAGCUAACAGCAAUAGCAACAACAACAACAACAACAACAACAGCAACAAAUUUGCCAGCAGCAACAAUGUCGAGUGCCAGCGUACAUGCUCCCCAAAUUGCCGACAUUUGCAGUCCGCUCUCUCAUCACAGCUUGGGUCUAUCUGCCUCGCUGCCUGAUUUGGUUGGCAGCCCAUUGGAGAUCAACAUGGACAGCGUGCUGACCAUUGAGGAGCUGCGCCAACAUUUGGGCUCGUGCUUUACAUGCGGCGUCUCCUGGACCGAUGAUCAUGUCUCGCUCGAUUGCAGCGAAUGUGGCGGCUAUAGCCUGGAGCGUCCCUGCCCUCUGUGCGAUGGCCAGUGUGGUGUGCAAUGGAAGCGUGACUUUGCCAUGUCGCAUGCAUGCAGCAAAGCACGUUGGGUCGGCGUCUGUCUGAGUUUUCCGGAAGCAAUGGCCGCCGCUGUGCAACAGCUGCCCGUGGCAAAUAAUGUGGCACCAACAACGGCCACAUCGUGUGCUGCUGCCGCAGCGAAUCAGCUGCGUCUCGCCCAGGAGUUGUGCUCGCGCCUGGAGCAACUGUCGACCGCAUCGUCAUCGGCGCCCAACAAAAUGACGCGUCUCUGAAGCGUUCGCCGUGGACGUGAUACAGUACAGUGUU